CACCCACCCUACUCUCUGCAGGCCCUGUGUACCAAGGUGCCAGAGUUGAUCAGAACCAUCAUGGGCUGGACGCUGGACUUCCUCCGAGAGCGGCUACUGGGCUGGAUUCAAGAUCAGGGUGGUUGGGAUGGCCUCCUCUCCUACUUUGGGACCCCCACGUGGCAGACAGUGACCAUCUUUGUGGCCGGAGUGCUCACCGCCUCACUCACCAUCUGGAAGAAGAUGGGUUGAGGCCACCAGCUGCCUUGGACUGUCUUUUCUGCAUAAAUUAUAGCAUUUUGGGGGGAGGAAUGGGGAUUGGGGGAUGUAGGCAUUUU